AUUGGAGUCGUCUGAGUAGCCCCGGGCUGGGAUUGGUGCGAGGCGGGACCAGAGCCGUCGAGCGCCUUGGACCGAACGGUGGGGAGGUGGUGGCAACCGAGAAGGCAGCGGGGGCUCGCAGCUCCCUGGUCCGCCGCGUGCCUUCCGCGGAGGGCCGGGUGGAAGGAAGGAGCGGAGGACCCCCCCAAGCGCAUCACGCGGGGGCGGGGGUGGCAGUUGUCGCGUGUCCGGCGUGGGAUCAGUGGGGCAGGCGGUGGGGUGGGGGGUAGUAGAGGGUGAUAGAGGUGCAGGGGUCCAGGAGUCGACAACAGGAUUAGCUGGAGACCUAGAGCUGGAAGCGCUUCCGGGGAGGAGGACUUGGGGGGCCGAGGAGGGCGUGGGCGUGUCUGGUAUGGGAUGCCUUGCUAAGGAGGAAGCCUUGCUGAGUAGAUCUGUGGGUGGCUCCUUUGAGGAAUACUCUUUUUCCUUUUUGCCCUUUGAUUUGCCAAAGAGAGAGUCCCCACGGUCUCUGUACAAGUUUUGGAAACUGUCUCUUUGGGUGGGCCUAAUCACCUGCUACUUCAUUAUAGAACUGCCCAGGGCCUUUUCUGAUACUGAGCACAAACGUGGGGAAUAUGGCAGAAAAGAGGAGGCCGCUGCUGGGCUUCGUGGGCAAACUCCCCAGUGGGACCGCAGCUGGAAACUCAGGCAAAACUCACUGCCCUUUGUGCAGGGGGCUUUUCGAAGCCCCCAGGCUCCUGCCUUGUUUGCACACAGUUUGCACCACCUGUCUGGAGCAGCUGGAACCCUUCUCAGUAGUGGACAUCCGAGGGGGAGAAUCUGACACAAGCUCUGAGGGGUCCAUAUUCCAGGAACUCAAGCCACGCGCUCUGCAGCCACAGAUUGGCAUCCUCUGUCCGGUAUGUGAUGCUCAGGUGGACCUGCCCAUGGGUGGAGUGAAGGCUUUAACCAUAGACCACCUGGCCAUGAAUGAUGUGAUGCUGGAGAGUCUGCGUGGGGAAGGCCAGGGCCUGGUGUGUGACCUGUGCAGCGACAGGGAAGUGGAGAAGAGGUGUCAGACCUGCAAAGCCAAUCUCUGCCACUUCUGCUGUCAGGCUCAUAGGCGGCAGAAGAAGACGACCUACCAUACCAUGGUGGACCUGAAAGAUUUAAAAGGCUACAGCCAGAUCGGGAAGCCCAUUCUGUGUCCUGCUCACCCUGCAGAGGAGCUGAGGCUGUUCUGUGAGCUCUGCGACCGGCCUGUGUGCCGGGACUGCGUGGUGGGGGAGCAUCGGGAGCACCCCUGUGACUUCACUAGCAACAUUAUUCACAAGCACGGGGACUCCGUGCGGGAGCUGCUCAGGGGUACCCAGCCCCACAUGGAGGCCCUGGAGGAGGCCUUGGUACAGAUCAAAGGGACCAACAGCGCCCUGCAGGAGCGGGUGAAGGCCGUAGCCGCUGACAUCCGCACCUUCUCCGAGGGCUAUAUCAAGGCCAUCGAGGAGCAUCGGGACAAGCUGCUGAAGCAGCUGGAAGACAUCCGAGUCCAGAAGGAAAACUCUCUGCAGCUGCAAAAGGCACAACUGGAGCAGCUGCUGGCAGACAUGCGGACUGGAGUGGAGUUCACCGAGCACCUGCUGGCCAGCGGCUCCGACCUGGAGAUCCUCAUCACCAAGGGGGUGGUGGUGGAGCGGCUCACCAAGCUGAACAAAGUGGAAUACAGUGCCCAUCCCGGAGUCAACGAGAAGAUAGCCUUCUCUCCCAAGGAGAAAGCAGGCCUGUGCCGUGGCUAUGAAGUUUACGGGGCCAUCAACACCAAAGAGGUCGAUCCAGCCAAAUGUGUCCUCCAAGGGGAAGAUCUUCACAGAGCCCGUGAGAAACAGCCAGCCUCUUUCACCGUGCUUUGUAAGGAUGCAACAGGAGAGAGCGUGGGCAGGGGAGGAGACAAUGUUCAAGUCACAGUAGUCCCUAAAGAUAAGAAAGACAGUCCCGUCAAAACGAUGGUCCAUGAUAACAAGGAUGGGACAUACUAUGUUUCCUAUACGCCCAAGGAACCCGGCACCUAUACUGUGUUGGUCUGUGUCAAGGAGCAGCACGUGCAGGGCUCGCCAUUCACUGUGACCGUGAGAAAAAGGCACCGCUCACACCCGGGCGUGUUUCACUGUUGCACGUUCUGCUCCAGCGGAGGCCAGAAAACUGCUCGCUGCGCGUGUGGAGGCACCAUGCCAGGUGGGUACCUAGGCUGUGGCCACGGACACAAAGGCCACCCAGGACGUCCCCACUGGUCAUGCUGUGGGAAGUUUACGGAGAAGUCGGAAUGCACAUGGGCAGGUGGGCAGAGCGGACCGUGGAGUCUACUGAGGACGGUGGCCUUCUGAUGGCUUCCUGGGUCCAUGAUCACAGCUGUGGCCAGCACGGCUUCAGAUCACCAGAGGACCACAGACCUUAAUUCUGAAGAAACGGAUAGAAUUAAAAACAAAGUGCCUUAUGUUAUACCCUCAAA